AUAUUUCCACCUAAUGACUAGGGCAGAGUUAACGUUACCACGCAAAGGAUCGCGACUCAUAUCUGCUCGGUUUAAAGCGAAAACGGAUAUAUAAUACGCGAAUGGCGGUUUGACUGCGCACACGAGAGAGAAAAUCAAUCAUUCGAGCACUUUUACGCGGGACGCGGGAGUUGGGAUGUCGAUAUGACGCAUCGAGUUGUUUUAACAGCUUGAGAAGUUGCAGCCUUUUCUUUUUCUUCACCUUUUACGCGUGGAAGAAUGCCACAAGAUUCAAGUGCCUUGUUUACACAUUUCAUUAAGCUUUUCUGUUCUUGAACUUCUCGGAAUAUUAGCGCCAUCGAGAGAAGUCGCGUCCGUUGGAGAGGAAACUGAUUUCAAACCAGCAGCAGUAGAGUUUGUCCUUCCUUUAAAGAGAAAGCUGCGCCUCGCUCGCGCUCCGUCGAUGACUCUCGACAACUUAAAACACUCCGCGAUACUCACAACUUUGUUUAAAAUGGCUGAAGAUAAUGAUUUAAUCGGUGCUACGGAGUUUAUUAAAGAUCGACUCUAUUUUGCAACAUUACGGAGUAAGCCGAAAAGCACCGCAAACACACAUUAUUUCAGCACGGAUGAGGAGUUUGUGUACGAAAACUUUUAUGCCGAUUUUGGACCCCUCAACCUCGCUAUGCUGUACAGAUAUUGCUGUAAACUCAACAAAAAGCUCAAGCUGGCAAGGUGUAGUUCUCUCAUGUGUUCAUGUUUUGGAAUUUUAAAGUCUUUUACACUGACCAGAAAGAGGAUUGUGCACUACACCAGCUUCGACCAACGCAAAAGGGCUAACGCUGCUGUGCUCAUUGGUGCUUAUGCUGUGAUUUACCUAAAGAAAACACCAGAGGAUGCCUAUAGAGCCCUUAUUUCCGGCUCCAAUGCCUCAUAUCUUCCCUUCAGGGAUGCUUCAUUUGGGAAUUGCACAUACAACCUGACGGUCCUCGACUGCUUGCAAGGCAUUAGGAAGGCCCUCCGGCACGGAUUCUUGAACUUCGAGAUGUUCGACAUAAACGAGUAUGAACAUUACGAGCGGGUCGAGAACGGAGAUCUGAACUGGAUCGUCCCGAGCAAACUUCUUGCUUUCAGCGGGCCACAUCCGAAAAGUAAAAUAGAGAAUGGUUACCCUCUACAUGCCCCUGAGGCUUAUUUCCCAUAUUUCCGCAAGCACAACGUCACCACCAUAGUUCGCCUCAACAAGAAGAUCUACGAUGCCAAGCGCUUCACAGACGCCAGUUUCGACCAUUAUGACCUGUUCUUCGUGGACGGCAGCACGCCCAGCGACGUCAUCACCCGCCGCUUCCUGCACGUCUGCGAGAGCACGGAUGGAGCGGUGGCCGUGCACUGCAAGGCGGGUUUAGGCCGGACGGGGACUCUGAUUGGCUGCUACCUGAUGAAGCACUACCGCUUCACGGCUGCUGAAGCCAUCGCUUGGAUCCGCAUCUGCAGACCCGGCUCUAUAAUCGGACCCCAGCAGCAUCACCUAGAAGAGAAGCAGGCGAGUCUCUGGGCGCACGGAGAUAUUCACCGCUCCAAGCAGCGGCAGUAUGAGGACCGAUCUGUGCCUCAUCUCAUCUCCAGUAUGGACAACCUCUCCAUCAACACCUCCAUCUUUAAAUCACACAGCUUGGACCGUAUGGAGGAGAACGAUUACACAGAGAACGAUCUUGGUAUGACGCAAGGAGACAAACUGCGUGCCCUAAAGGUUCGACGGCAACCAAGGUCUGCGACCACCGGAGCCAUAAGACUCGAGGAGAUGAAGAUGCACACUAGGUCUACAUCUCAGCCUCUCAGUCGAGUGAAAGCCGCAGCCGCUGGCCAGGGCUCCAUCUCCCCCCUCAAAUCCUCUAAAGUCCCACCAUCGUCCUCCGUCUCUGCCUCUGCCAAACGAAUUGGCCGCUCUUCAUCAUCAUCAACCAACCUCAAGAGCACCAGGUUAGCCAGCUCUCUGGGUAACCUGUACGAAUCAAAUGGCGAAGCCAACAGCUCUGGGAAACCUCCUUCCCCUUCCUCGUUCACUUCCCUCCCUGUCCGCAUGGGCUACAGCGGCCCGGUCACCACCCACAAUUACCACUACGAGGUCAACAACAACAACAGUCAGUAUAACAGCACCAGCACCCCGAACAGCAACGGGGUGAACCCGAGCAGCGGGGCAAAAGGCCUGACCUACAACCUCAACAACACCAGUCCGAGUGGACCUUCCAUCAAUGGAAGGCUGGGGGCCAUUGAACAGGGGCACCAUAGAAGCCCCCCAACAGGGCUGAGCGGGCUCUCUGCACGAUACCUCAGCCGGUCCAUUCCUUCCCUUCAAUCUGAGUAUGUUCAGUACUAAAGCCUUCCACUAACCCUCGUCUCAUACUGCUGGCCUGGUUCCGACCCGUGACGCCUUCAUUGUUACCAACGAUUUGCUGACUUCUUGUCGUUGAAGAGGAAAGAAGGAAAUGCUUUGAGACUGAACUGUCAGCCUCAUGGUAUGAUACUUCCUGCUAUGACAAGACUGAUCUGGAAUCUGCUGCAUGCUGUUAAACGACACGAACUUGCCUUGGCUGUCCUUUUUAAAAGGUCUUCUCUUUUUUUUUUUUUUUUUUUUUUUUUUUAAGGAGAUACUCUCCAUGUAUGAAUAUAAACAUUGUUAAAUAUUUUUAGAUAAUGAAUUUUGUACUACUUUUUUCCUAUUUUAUCUACAACUCUUAAUGCUCAACGACAAGGUUUGUUGAUAUUUGUGUAUCUUCGGAUUAGGGAAUUUGUUGUGACGUAAAUAAUCAUAGUUUUGUCUUCCGAGUGUACUUACUGAGUAACAUAUCAAGUGCAAGGGCUAUAUUUGAAAGGUGCAAAAUGGUUUGACAGCAACGUGUCAUCUUCAAAGGGAUUUUCAGCCCACGAAAGCUAUAUAAAGUGUGUUUUCUUCUUUUGGGGUUUAAGGUUGGUUUGUCUCCACAGAACGGUGGACAGCUAAUGAGAACACGACCAAUUUGCAAGCAAACCUUUUUUUUUUUUUUUUUUUUAUGAAGAAAUGAAGAGCUUUGUUUGUUCAGUGUGAGUAACAGGGUGGACUGCUUUUCUUUUUUUCCCAGCAAUUGUGACAUCUUAAUGUGCAUUAUUAUUAAACUAAUACAAAUCUGA